CAUUCGGGGAUGACGGCGCUGAUGCGCGCGGUGCCGUUUGCGCCGGUGGUGGCGAUGUUGUGCGAGAGGUCGGCGGAGAUAGACCGGAUGGACUUUGAGGGUCGGACGGCGUUUUUCCACGCGGUGAUAGGGCGACACGAGGCGUCGGCGAAGAUUUUGAUCGAGCACGGGGCGGAUCCGUACAUCAAGGACAACCACAGUCAGUCGUUUUUGAGCGUGAUUUCGGACGAGUUCAAGGCGAUCAUAGACGACGCGAUCAAGUUGAGGCGGGCGCACGGGGACGUGGAGUUGAGCAAGAAGUGGAAGGAGGCGGUGCGGUUGUUCAACGUGAAGCCGGAGAAGGGGAUUGGGUACGCGGUGGAGGAGAAGUUGAUAGAGGACACGCCGGACGGGGUGGCGCUGUUUUUUUUGAAGGAGAACGACAGUUUGAACCCGCAGUUCAUGGGGGAGAUGUUGGGUCGGAGGGAGGAGGACGGGUUGAGGAAGGCGUUCGUGAAGCGGUUGAAUUUCGAGAAUUUGACGCUGGACCAGGCGAUAAGGGAGUACUUGCAGAAGUUUUUGUUGCCGGGCGAGGCGCAACAGAUUAGCCGGAUCAUAGAGUGCAUGGCGCACCGGUACGUGGAGAACAAUCCGGCGACGUUUCCGGACGAGGACACGGCGUUUUUGCUGUCGUUCGCGAUAAUUAUUUUGAACACGGACGCGCACAACCCGAACAUUCCCUCGGAGCGGAGGAUGACGAAGGCGCAGUUCAUUCGGAACCAGCGUCGGACGUGGGGGCCGAACCACGAGGACCCGCCUAGGGAGUUGUUGGAGACGUUGUACGACAACAUUUUGGCGGAGGAGAUUAAGUUUCGGGACUCGUCGUUGACGGUGAAGGAGGGGUAUUUGAAGAAGUGCCACGGGGUGAAGUUUGGGGCGUGGAAGUCGUACUGGUGCGUGUUGCAGAACAACUGUUUGUUCUUUUACGUGAAUCGCGGGGACAAGGCGCCGGCGUCGAUGGUGUUGUUCAACAAUUUGAGGGUGAAGAAGAAGGACUCGUUUCGGAAGGGUCGGUUUUCGCUGGUGACGGGCGACGGGGAGUUGAUAAGCUAUUGCAGGAGGACGAACAAGGGUAGCGUUGUGCAGGCGAAGACGCACGAGAUUUUUUUGGCGGCCGAGAGGCCGGAGGAGGCGGAGCAGUGGGCGCGUGCGAUCUUGACGCACAUUACGCUGAGUCGGUCUCGUUGUCGCGCGAGCGCACGGGGCGAGGUGCAGACGGACGAGCAGUGGGCGCGGGAGGAGAUGUACCUGAUUAGCAGGGUGGUGGACUUUACGAACAUUUACAACUUGGCGCUGUUGUGCGAGAGCUGCUACAAGACGGAGAAGCAGAUAAGGAGUCACUACGGGACGUCUGCGGUGGCGUGCGUGGCGGAGGUGGGUGGGGUUCACUUUUUUUUGCUGAGGGACGCGGUGAAGAAGAGGACCUAUUUGACGUUGGUGGGGGACUUGUGGACGGAGCAGGUGAAGCGGGCGGAGUGGGACCCGGUGUUCGACUGGAUGGAGUAUUUCAAGGUUGAUUCGUUGGUCGAGGCCAUUUUGUACGUUUUGGACGCGUUUUUGAAGCCGGCGACGGACUUGCAGAUUACGGGGCACUCUUUGGGUGCGUUGGUUAGCAUAUUUUUGGCGAUUGCGCUACAGAAGAAGUCGUUUGGGCAGCUGAGGGUCACGACGUUUGGGCAGCCGAGGGUGAUGAGGCCGAGUUUGGUGAGUCAGUACCAGUCGUUGGAGGUGGUGCGAGUGGUGGACGUGAACGACCCGGUGGACACGAUUUUUUCAGGGUGCAUUCACAUUGGGCAUCAGAUUACGCUGUUGAAGCAGGUGUUUUUUUCGUACGCGCUUUUGAAGAACUUGAAGCACGUUCAGUUCGACCUGGACCAGGAUCACAGCAUUGCGGCGGCGUCGGCGGAGAGUCUCGAGGAGGAGGGGAGGGCGGCGGGUGCGGCGGAGUCGAGCAAGACGAAGAAGGCGUCGAGUUUGCGCGACCGAGAUUUACUGAAGGAGAAGCGCGGCAUGAAGCCGUUCUUGAUAAAGAAGGAGAGGCUCGAGAUGCACUCGAUUGCCUACUAUAUUGAGCGCAUUCAACAGAAGCUCAAAGUGGCGACUCAGAAUGUUGAAGUAUCUCAAAUAGAUUUGUACCGAUAAAGAGGAUAGAGCGAAGUCGUCGGU